GAUAAACAAUAACAUACUGAAUACAUCGCAUACAGGAAGUAUGUAUCUAAGACCAAAUAAAAUCCGUUUUUGUCAGGAUUCUAUCAGUUCUGUAUUUGACAAAAACUCCGAACACGCCUAUGAAAGAAUUGGUGAAACCCUGGACGAUCUGUUAAGAGGAGAUUGCGAUAUUCUCGACAUUCCGCCUAUCACCGUUGUAGAUGUUGAUGGCGAUUGGUAUACCACCGAUAACAGGAGAUUGUGGGUAUUCCAGAAGCUGGAGGAUCUAGGUCAUUGUAAAAAGAUCCCUGUCAUCGAAGACGAUUAUAUUCCCCCUUGGAAAUUUACAACAGUAAACGAUGGAUUGACAACUUAUGUACGAGGUAAUCCAGGAGGUGAUCUCUGGAAAAGUUUAGAUGAUGACUCUGAUGGCAGUUGUUCUGACGACUCUUCCUGUGUAUCCUCUGAUGAUACGAGUUAUGACUAUGAGUCCUCCGAUGAGCUAACUAGCGAAGAUGAGUAUUAAAAACGGAGAAAUCUAUCCUUCUAAAGUGAUGCAGGAUUCAGAACUUGAGGAUCUACUGAAGACGAAUGUUCAACCGAGGAGUCCACCAUCGAUUGCUCAAAUAAAUCAUCUGGCAGAGAAAAUGAAAUCGAAAGCGAAUAUUCACAUACGUUUAGAAAUAUCAACUAUGUUGACAACGCGUGUUCUGGCGAACUAUCUGACAAAGAAGAGAAUUCAAACCACCAAAAGGUUCACACGAGGAGUCUUACCGCGUCGCAAAUUCUGACAAUGGAUAAACUUAAAUGAUAGUCAGCAGGUGUUUGUGAAAUAAUGUAUCUGAUUUUGGAUGAUCCGUAUUUUAACAUUCAACUCUUCAAUUAUCAAGUUAAUUUUCGUUUCUACAAACAUUGUCCUGGGUACCCGUAGUCCGGAUAUCCGGUAAUGGGAUAACUGUUUACCUAAUGUCAGGUAUUUACUAAAAUGUUCUCAUAGUACUGCGUCUGGAUUGUUUGUUUAAUGUUUGCAAAAUUACUUGUGAUUUAUAUUUGUGAUUUAAAUAAAAGUUGUAUUAUUCUGUC